GGUCUUUUUACGCUUCAGUGAUUUGGCUCGCAAAUAAGAUACCAUCAGGUAGACUAAACAACCCAUGGGGGAAAUGUCCCAGGAAUUGUCAUAAGAUUUAUUGGAAAUGAAGCUAGUAGUUAUAUUAUCAUGAGAUACUUUACUUAUGUUUUUACUAUCCUUGUUGGGGCAUGUUUAACUGUAUGUGCAAGGGAGCAACUCGGCGAGAAAGCAAGCCCUACGGGACAUGGUGAACACCAAUUGAAUAGACGAAACACGUUUAUUUACAAACAAGAGCAAAAAGGGAUAGUAACUAGAGGAAAGCGAACACUGAUCCAGAGGUCAUUCAAGCUACCAGGCUACCAUGGCUCCCCAAUACACAAGACCAUCCAUCUAACAGGGUCACCCAAAGGGGUGGUGGUCCGAGUUAAUGGCCAGAACAUCUACCCAGAGAAGGAAGAGGGUGGGGUCAGCGUAUCACAGGGGGAGGGGACACCAGGGAAUCGCCAGAAGAUCAACUUGAAUAUAAACCUGAGCAAAGGACCCCAAGGUGGAGCCCCUGCCCCUCAAGUGCUCCCAGCGCCCGCCCCCCAACCAGUGAUGAUACCAGCGCCCGCCCCCCAACCAGUGGUGAUACCAGCACCCGUACCACCUCAAAUCAUCAUGCAGCCCGCUCCUUUCCCUCCUCAAUCUAUUCCAGCCAUUGCACCGCCGCAAGCUCCAGCAGCAGCACCACCUGCCGCAGACCCUCUGUCAGACCUGGAGGAGUCUCUUAAGGCAGCGGCUCUAUUGGGAGGACUAGGGGGCGGACUCGGAGGGCUGGGUGGUCUCCUUUCCCCAGCCCAAGCACCCCCCAUGGCAGUGCUAGGUCCAGCACUAGCCCCACCUAUGGCAACCCUAGCCCCAGCGCAAGCCCCCCCUAUGGCCUAUCCAGCAAAUAAUAAUAAUAUGGGGUACCCUAGCCAAAGUGGUAACAUGGGGUACCCAAGCAAUGGUAACAUGGGUUACCCUAGCAACGCAAAUUCACCUAAUGGCAACAUGGGUUACCCCAGCAACAAUGCUAAUCAGGGAUAUCCUAGUAAUGGCAAUGGUAAUCAGGGGUACCCUAGCAACGGCAAUCAGGGGUACCCUAGCAACAGCAAUCAGGGGUACCCUAGCAACGGUAAUGGCAAUAUGGGAUAUCCUAGCAAUGGCAAUAAUGCAGCGGGUCCCAGUGGUAAUCAAGGCAAUAAUGGAGGAGAUGGUUGCUGUAAUAAUGGAAAUAAUAAUAAUGGUGGUAACAACUGCUGUAAUGGAGGCUACUGCUGCAAUGGAGGUAGUUGUUGUAAUGGGGGUAACUUUGGGUGUGGUGGCUGUGGAAUGGGUAGGCCGUGUCACCCAUGCUGCAUGUUUCCUGGGAUGUAUCCUAUGGAUUUCCUUGAGAGCUUCACAUGUUGCAAGACGGAGCCCUGCAAAAGCACAGGAACCACCCCUACACCAGCUCCGGCCCCGCCUCCAAAGCCGGUCAUCACACCUUCACCACCUCCCCCUACGCCAGCACCUCCACCCUCAUCCCAACCAGCUCCAGGUGCCGUAUCUCCACCCCUCCCCUCCCUUGGUGGACCUGGUGGUGGUCCUGGUCCAGGUGCUCCCUUAGGUGGAGGUGGACAAAAUUCCCCAGGCCUCCUUCCGCCAGGGGUGGGGGCAUCAACAACAACACCAGCUCCUACAAUGGCACCAGUACCAGAAGCCAACCCCCCAAAUCUACUGCCUCCAGGGGAUGAGGGGGGACCCACAGCCACAGUCCCACCACUCCCUUUGCUACCUGUGUCUAACUACCCAGCUAAGGACACAGCUUUGUCUCAGGCAUCGAACAAGGGACCGGCUGUUGCGCCAGUUGGCGGAAGUCAAACUAGAGAGCAAGAGACAGGGCAGCAGCCUAAUACUGGAUUGGAGAAUCCCGGGACUGUUAAUAAACUGACCAAUGAGUUCCAGAGUGCGUUUGAGGAAGCUCUAAGAGAGGAACAGCAAAAACGGAAAGACAGAAGUCGGGAUAAAGAGAAAGAUCGCACUAGACAUAGACAUCGGAGUAAAGAGAGGAGUCGAUACGAUAAAAAUAGCUACCCUGGAGAAACAAGUGAGGACAAGGACAGAGAGACAGAGGAUGAGGAUGAUGAGACUCGGGAAAACAACAAAGAUGGCAGAACAGGGGAUGAGGAUGAUGAUUACGGCCCAGAUGAUGCCAAUAAUGCCGGUAAAAAUGUUGGUGAUUCUCGUGAGAAAAGUAAACAGACCGAAGGCGGGACCAAUAACGAUGACGAGGAGGAUUAUGCAGAAGACAUUGCCUUUGCGAUGGCGAAACAGAGAGAGGCACAAAAGCGCAAAGAAAUGCGCAAACGACAAAAAUGGCACGCUUAUAGGGACGACUUUGAAGAUGAUAAAGAAAGAUCGAGUAACUCAGACACACAUCAGGUCAAGCAUAAAGUACACGACUAUCAUGAUGGGUAUAUGUUAAAGCAUUCUGGAUCUAGAGUAACAGAAUACAAUGACGAGGAUGAUGCUUUGAAAAGUAAUACCGAUGAAAGGGGUAGGGAUCAGGUCCAUGGAGGAUCGGUCUCGAUGAUGGAACUAAAAGAACAUCAACAUGGGGCAGUAGAUGAAGGUAAUGAGGAUGAUUAUGAUGGUGAGAGCUCGCAUGCUGGUAAUAAGGAUAGACGAGUGGACAAAGGAAAGAAAGAACAUCAGAAAGAAAACGAAGAAGAAGAGUGGAAUGAAUUAAAAGAUCAUCCAUCACCUCGGGUACGACAUAACAAAACACACAAAGACGAUAAAUGGAAUGAUUCAGAUAGGGAUAUAUCCCCUAGGGUAAGACAUAACAAAACACACAAAGACGAUAAAUGGAAUGAUUCAGAUAGGUAUAUAUCCCCUAGGGUAAGACAUAAGAAAACUCACAAAGAUCAUGAAUGGAAUGAUUCAGAUAGGCAUAUAUCCCCUAGGGUAAGACAUAAGAAAACUCACAAAGACGAUGAAUGGAAUGAUUCAGAUAGGCAUAUAUCCCCUAGAGUAAGACAUAAGAAAACACACGAGGACGAUGAAUGGAGUGACCUAGACAUAAAUACAUCCAAUCGGAAAAGACACAAGAACACACGCGUAGACAAUGAAGACGACUUUAAAGAAAGACCAAAUGCAAUCCGGAGAAAAGACCUUCACAGAAAGAGACUCAAAGACCCUGAGAAAUACAAAAAUCAGGACGAACGAAGAGGGGGUUCUAAGAGCAGAAGUCACCAUCGCUUACACGCAUUUGACAAGUACGACGUCCAUAGAGAUACGGGAGUUUCCGAAUUCGCAUCUAACGAGAGUAGAAGCAGCACAAAUGAGGAUACAGGUGAUGUUAUAGACGUGGUAAAAGAAGCAGAAAAGAACUUAAAGAGAAUUCUAGACACUCAAACAAAACCAUCAAGUUAUCGUAAGAAAAAACGCGGGAAAAACCCGAAAGGCAAGACUCGACUUACAAAUACAGUUGCUGAGCAAGCUUCGGUUUUAAAGAAGGCAAAGAAAAAGUCGGAGAAAAGGACACAAGUUCGUUUGACGAGUAAGAAAGCAAGAAAGUUGAAAGGAAAGUUAUUGCAGCGCAUGUAUGCGAAAAAAAUCAAAACCAGAAAGAGAAUCUCCGGCGUAUCAGAAAGAAGAAACUAUGGACUUACAAAAAACACUCAACUGCGCGGUCAUAUGAAUAACAAACAUGUCACAAAUCACAAGAAGCGUGAAAACAUGCAAAAGCUAGGUGCUUCUGGUGAUGGAAGUGGAGAAAUGAUUUCAUAUGAACAAAUCGAUGAGAAUGAGCAAGAAAUUCCCAUGUACGAUAGAGAAUACUACGACUAUGAAUACUAAAAUCAAUGUACAGAAAAGAUCCAAGUAUUUAAGGGAAUUCCUUAAAAGGCCUUUGGCCACUAGUACCCAGUCCCCCUUAGAGGGUGGACCUUUUCUGUUUUUUUUUUAUUGCCAACGAGCCUACACUUUGACGAAUUUAUGAUCUUAUGAUGCUGUCCGUUUCAACCGUGAAAAACUCGGGCCAAAAUAACACAGAAACUGUCUCGGCCGUCACACAAAAGAGCUUGAAAAUAAGAUCCACCCAAAAAGGCAUGUGAUUUCCUGGAUAGAUGGAAAAAUAGUUUAUCUCACGCGCCCACUAAAGGUGAAAAAAAAAAACAUACCGCAAAAUGCAGAUAAGAAAAUUACAUAGAAGGUCUGAUAUGGUUGUGGGCCAAGCAAGAAAAGAUAGUAAUUUAAUUAUCUUAUACACUUACAUUCUGUGUAUGUAAAUAAAGGGAAAAGAUCAA